CUACACCUUACAUUUUUGAGUUGUACUCAUCAGUUGUCCGUAUAAAUAGGAGAGUGCUGCUAGCCAUUUGUAAUACAAUUUUUUGUGAUUUUCUGUUCCGUUAAUUUGAGGUUCUGUCAAAUUAAUGGCUUUCCAGAAGGACGAGACUGACAGCAAGUGGUGGACUGGAGAGACUUUGGCAGUCGUCACAGGGGCGAACAAGGGGAUCGGAUUUGAAAUUGUCCGUCAACUAGCAGAAAAUGGUCUUACAGUUGUUCUCACAGCCAGAGAUGAGAAAAGAGGCUUGACGGCCAGAAAAACCCUUGUUGACCAGGGUUUUAACAACGUGGUUUUCCGUCAAUUGGAUAUUGAAAGCCCGCAGAGCGUAUCAGAUUUUGUAAGGUGGUUGAAGGAUAGCUAUGGAGGCCUCGACAUCCUGGUUAAUAAUGCCGCUGUAAUGGGUUCCACCAUUAACAUGGAGGUUGUAAUGAACGUCGUCAAAGACAUAGACCCUACGAACGUAUCAUUUAACCAUCCCAGUUUUGCCAAAAUUUUUAUAACCAACUAUGAAAUGUCAAAAAAUUGCUUGGAAAUAAAUUACUAUGGAACAAAAAGAAUCACUGAAGCAUUACUACCAUUGUUCCGAAAAACUCCGGCUGGAGCUCGCAUUGUGAAUGUGUCCUCAGAGGGCGGAUUAGUACAGUGGGUAAGGAAUGAUUCUCUUAGGAUGGAGCUUUCAGAUAUUUCAAAGAUAACAGAGGAGUACAUUGAUAAGAUGAUUGAAGGUUUUUUAGAUGACAUGAAAAAUGGUCAGUUGGAAGGAAAGGGUUGGCCAAUAUUGAAUCCUCAAUACUGUGUGUCAAAACUUGCUUUGAACUUAUAUACUCGGCUGCUAGUACAGAAACUAUCAGUCAAUGAAGAGAAGACGAUUUAUGUGAAUAAUGUACAUCCGGGUGUAGUUCAAACUGACAUGACGAAUCACCUGACAGGAAUUGCUCCUUCUCAAGGAGCAGAGAAUUGUGUAAGGUUAGCUCUAUUUUUGCCUCAUGGAGUUUCUGGCCAGUUUUAUUUGAUGAAGGAACCUCAUUCAUUUUAAGGGCAAUUUUGCUUCAGGAAGUCUAAAUUCAUGUGUGGCUCUUGGAUAACCUCAUGUCAUUUUAUGGUGGCAUGAAAACCAAAAUUUGAACAGUUUGAUGUAAAACUCAUGGCUUAUGUAGUCUUUUUCACUUUUCAUCAGUAUCUCAUUAGACUUUAUUUUAAGUUUU